AUGCCCGACAAACCCCUCACCAUCGCGACAUACGCCGCCGGCGCCUCGCUGGCUGCCAUCACCCUCGUCUACGUCUUCGGUCCCACCUUUAUGCUCGACGAUGAAGCCGCACAAUCCUCGCGCUCAACUCGCAAGAGAGGUGUCGUUGGUCUCGUCAACCCGGCCAAUGACUGCUUCAUCAAUUCAGUCUUGCAGACCAUGGCCGGUCUCCCCGAGCUGCGCAUAUACCUCAUCCGAGAACUGCACCGACGAAAGCUGGAUGGAAAAGAGAUAUACUCAAUUGUCGAGCAACACGAAGAUGAAAUCUCGCCCAAUGAGAGCAAGGAUAUCGUCAAGAUGAAUGAGACAAAAGAGCCGAGCUGGAAAGUUCUGGGCUUGCAGCAGGGUCUCGUCACCGCUGGUCUCAAGGAUAUUCUGGAUGCGCUGAAUGAGCGACCUAUCUAUAAGAAGGCCAUCUCGGCGCGCACAUUCGUUAGUGUCAUGGAGACCGCCUUCAAAACACGCAUCAGUCGACAGCAACAAGAUGCUCAAGAGUUUCUACAAAUCGUCGCCGAGAGGCUGAGCGAGGAAUACCACGCCGGAGUAAAUGCUAGAAAGAAGGCAAAGUCGCUCAGAAGCCCUAGCACAACCACCCUCAAAGCACCAGAAUCUGACGGAGACGUCAAAGAGAACGGACACAAGGGACGACCGAGUCAACUCCACCCUGUAGAGUCGGCUCGCGGCUUGCAAGCCAAAUCAGAGAUUGAGCAAAUCCGCCAGAGCGUCCGCCAAUUACCGCAAGCAGAGGACGGUGACUUGCAAGACGAUCCAGGCUUCCCUCUCGAAGGAAAGAUUGAGGCCCAGAUCGAAUGCAUGACCUGCCAUUUCAAGCCCAAGCCUUCGGUAUCUGGCUUCGUCACCCUUACUCUAAACGUACCGCAAAACUCCUCAACCACAUUGAAUGCAUGCUUCGACGGCAUGCUGAAAGUCGAACAUAUCGACGACUACAAAUGUGAAAGGUGUCGAUUAGAACACGCCGUUCAAGUCAAGUCGAAAGAACUAGCACGUGCCUCGGAUGAACCAACGCGCAAUUUGCUCACUCACGAGUUGUCCGCCAUCGAGAGUGCGCUUUCUACAGAUCCGGAAGCUCUACCGAAGAACAUAAGACUUCCCGAUCCGUCUCAAGCCCCUAAAAGACGAAUCUCCCGCCACAUGCGCAUCAGCAAUUUCCCAAAAGUCCUCGCCAUCCACCUAUCGCGAAGUGUCUGGGACCCAAACUCCAGCAGCACCAAGAACCUCGCCAAGGUCAGUUUCCCAGAGACACUACCACUCGGCGGACUAUUAGAUCAGCAUCAGUAUCGUCUCUUAGGCGUUGUAACGCACAAAGGAGGCCACAACAGCGGCCACUACGAAAGUUUCCGACGCCAAUACCUCGCAGAGCCAUACAGUGCAAAGCUGAGCAUGGGCACCCAAGGCAUGUAUUCGGCCCAAACCACACCUCGCGCAAGUGGCAUGCCGAGUCCUAUGCUCGAGCCCUCAACCCCUGGUCUCACACACUCGCCCUCCAGCAGCGGCAACAGCACAUCCUCACGCUCCUCAUCAAUAAAAAAGCGUUUCUCUUUGCGCCAACGUCAAAGUUCAAAAAAUGGAGAUACCAUCAACGACGAAAAAAGCACAGUCAGCAGCAGCAGUGGUGCCGAAACGCCCUUUUCAUCUUCUCACCACCAAACCUCCACACCUUCCUCAAAAGUAGUCCCUGAAGCAGCAACAUAUCAACAAACUGCUCGCACAUCCUCAAAAGCAAAGAGCAUUGAUCUGAGCAGAUUGAAGCGCAAACAACGCAAUCAACACAAUAGAUGGUGGAGGAUUAGCGAUGACAAAAUCAAAGAGUCAAAGACUAGUGAUGUAUUAGGCAUGCAGAGGGAGGUGUAUCUGUUGUUUUAUGAGAUUGUGGUGCCGGAGGUUUGA